AUGGACGGACCAGUUGAAAGUUCUAAACAAUUAUUUGUCAGACCACUCGCAUAUGAAGUCACCAGCGAACAAGUUCAAGAUCAUUUUUCAAGAGCUGCACCAGUUGUUGAUGUUCGUUUAAUGGAAGGUUAUGCUUUUGUCACUUUUGAAAAUGAAGAAGAUGCUAAACAAGCUAUUGAAUUGUUGGGUGAAACCGAAUUGAAUGGUGUCAAGUUACAAAUCGAAUUUGCUAGAGAAAGAAAAGAAGAUACUCGUGGUAAAUAUCGUCUUUCAAUCACCAACUUACCAGAAGGUACUGCUUGGCAAGAUGUUAAAGAUUUUGUCAGAGAAAAGACCAAUUCUCCUGUCAACUAUGUCAAGGUUUUCACCAACUACGAAACCAAUGAAACCACCUGUAGUUUGCAAUUUGAAAGUGCUGAAGAUUUAGAAAAAGCCAUCCCAUUGUUGGACAAAUCUAUUUUCAAUGAUGUCACUAUUGGAGCCGAAGAAGACACCAGCCCAUGGGUUCCACCACCACCAAGAGGUAGAGGUGGUUUCAGAGGUAGAGGUAGAGGCGGUUUCGACCGUGGUUUCAGAGGUGGAAGAGGCGGUUUUGACCGUGGCUUCAGAGGUGGAAGAGGUGGAUUUGAUCGUGGAUACGGUGAUAGAGGUGGCUUCAGAGGCGGCAGAGGUGGCUUCAGAGGAGGAAGAGGUGGCUACGACCGUGGUUUUGGAGAUAGAGGUGGCUUCAGAGGUGGAAGAGGUGGUUUCAGAGGUGGUAGAGGUGGCUACGGCGACAGAGGAUUUGAUCGUGGUUCCUAUGGUGAUAGAGGUGGAUCUUAUGAACGUGAAAGAUCCCCAACCCGUUUCUAA